AACAAAGUCAUGCGUAAGCGAACGGUAUAAAUAUCAGCGGUCAUUUGAAAGUAUAUAACAUAUUUUUAAAAUGAAGUGCAAUACGAGUACACGUAUGUAUUGGAUUACUCUGGUCUGCUUUGCUAUAAUUGUGAAUAAUGCAUUUUGCAAAGUUCCGGACUAUAUCAAGGUGUGCUCAAAGAAAAAUGGUCUCUCAGCAUGUUUGAUGCAGAAUUUCAAAGAUGUUCUUACUUACUUAACUGAUCAUGAUGAACCAGCAUUUAAAGUUCAAAACUUUCGUGCUAUUCAUGUUCCCAAAAUUGAUCUUCAAGCCACUGCUGAUUUGAAAGUUUCUUUAAAAGACGUUGUUUUCACUGGCUUAGAAAAAUCAGCAAUCAAAGAAAUGAGCAUUGAUGAUACAGAAAUCCGCAUGUUGCUUCAUUCAGAUGAAAUGAUUUACAAUGGCAAGUACCAAAUGAAUGGAAAAAUUCUCAUCCUGCCGAUUGAAGGAGAAGGAACCAUGCGUAUUACACAAAAAAAUUUUGAUCUUGACUACAAAGCCAAACUAAAAAUCGAAGAACGCAAAGGUAAAAAGUAUUACUACGUCGACAACAACCCAGAAGACACAAAAAUAGUUAUCCCCAUGAUUGAACGAGUUAUAUACCAAUUUGAUAAUCUAUUCGGUGGUGACCCAAAUCUAGGUCCUGAAAUGAACAUAUUCCUGAACGAGAACUGGAAGGAAGUGUUCAACGAGAUAAAAGUUGCAGUGGAACAAACGGGAGCAUAUUCGUUAGUCAAUCCGAUUGUAAAUG